UUCGCCGCGCCCCCCCCUACACCCCUCCUGCCCCCCGGGACCCUGGGGCUGCGAUGAGCCCCUGCGGGCGGGCCCGGCGGCACACGUCCAGAGGGGCCAUGGCUGUCCUGGCGUGGAAGUUCCCGCGGACCCGGCUGCCGGUCGGAGCCAGCGCCCUCUGCGUCGUGGUCCUCUGUUGGCUCUACAUCUUCCCGGUCUACCGGCUGCCCAACGAGAAGGAGAUCGUGCAGGCGGUGCUGCAACAGGGCACGGCGUGGAAGAGGAACCAGACGGCGGCCAGACUUUUCAGGAAACAGAUGGAAGACUGCUGUGACCCCGCCCAUCUCUUUGCUAUGACUAAAAUGAAUUCCCCCAUGGGGACGAGCAUGUGGUAUGAUGGAGAGUUUUUAUACUCAUUCACCAUUGACAAUUCAACUUAUUCUCUCUUCCCCCAGGCAACCCCAUUCCAGCUGCCCUUGAAGAAAUGUGCGGUGGUGGGAAAUGGUGGGAUUCUGAAGAAGAGUGGCUGUGGCCGUCAAAUAGAUGAAGCAAAUUUUGUCAUGCGAUGCAAUCUUCCUCCCUUGUCAAGUGAAUACACUAAAGACGUUGGAUCCAAAAGUCAUCUAGUGACAGCUAACCCCAGCAUAAUUCGGCAAAGGUUUCAGAACCUGCUGUGGUCCAGAAAGACAUUUGUGGACAACAUGAAAAUUUAUAACCACAGCUACAUCUAUAUGCCUGCUUUUUCUAUGAAGACAGGAACAGAGCCUUCCCUCCGGGUUUAUUAUACACUGUCAGAUGUCGGUGCCAAUCAAACAGUGCUCUUUGCUAACCCCAACUUUCUGCGUAGCAUUGGAAAGUUCUGGAAAAGUAGGGGAAUUCAUGCCAAACGCCUGUCCACGGGACUCUUUCUGGUGAGCGCAGCCCUGGGCCUCUGUGAGGAGGUGGCCAUCUAUGGCUUCUGGCCCUUCUCUGUGAAUAUGCAUGAGCAGCCCAUCAGCCACCACUACUAUGACAAUGUCUUGCCCUUUUCUGGCUUUCAUGCCAUGCCGGAGGAAUUUCUCCAACUCUGGUACCUUCAUAAAACUGGCGCACUGAGAAUGCAGCUGGACCCGUGUGAGGAUACCUCCCUCCAGCCCACUUCCUAGGGACAGUGGGAAAAGGAAGAACUAAGCCAGGGUAUUUUUGCUAGGUUUUCUACAGGACUGCAAAAGGAAGUGGUGCAGUUGUUUCAUGGAUUUGCCUGGGCCACUUGCAAACAGCAACCGCCAUCCAAAGGAAACUCUAUUUUUAAUGUUGGCUUGGAGGACAAAUAGGAAGUAAGAUGUUUUAUGAAGUAUUUGAUAGCACAUUGUGGACUUGCAACUAGUGACAUUCUGAUGAAAUGAUGUUGGCAAAGCACAUUUGCAUGGUUUAAAUCGAGAAGGUACAGUUCAUAAGUAAGGCGGAACUCUAGUUGUUGAAGUUGAAGAGUUAAGGUUAAUAAAGGAAAUGCCAGGGCAAAGUGUUACUGAUUAUCAAUAAAAGCUGGCUUAAUUAAAAAAAAAUUACUUAUGAAGACUGA